GCGUGCGUGCGCGCGCUGAGGCGAGCAUGCGCACGCGGGGAGGCUGGGUCGGGCGCGCGGGCGUUAGCGCGCGGCCGUUAGCGGUCCUCGUUUUAACGACUGUCCGCAACGCUGCGGUCUCCGGGGCCCGUCGAGUCCGCAUGACCCAGCCCCCGUUAGCGCGCUCGCCUCCUUCGACGGCGCAGUCACCGCGCGGGGCGGCCGUCCGUGAAGUAGCUGCUACCACGGCUUGGGUCAACGAAUAAAGCUCCCCGGACAGCGGCGCCCUCGGCGACAGCUGGGUGGGCAGCCCGGGCUGGGAGCGGUGACUUCCGUGAGGAGCGAGAGGUGGAAGCAACCUCCAGCCUGGCCCCGCACCGGCUGCCCGGCGGGCAUGACCCGAGCCUGGUCUGGCAUGCGCGGAAUGCUGCUUGAGCCCCUCUUCUGGCUGUUACCUUCCGGGGACGGUUGUGGCCACACCGACACGUAUUUUCCAAAUAAAUCGUUUAUUCUGGCAGCGGCGGAGCCGAACACGUCACUAUAUUUUUAAUUUUCUCAGCAAGCAUUUACUCAACACUUUUAUAACAGUGAAACAACUUGAAAACGUUUUCAGCAAGCAUCCGCCUAGUUAGGAAGUCAAGGACUGAGCAACUUGCUUUUGCCACGUCCCGUCCUCGACUGUUUUGAAGACUGUCCCAUCUUGUAACUGCCAGUGUGCACAGACUCCUACUCAAGUAACGUCGUGGUCCAGCGAUGCAAAGGACUGAAGUCUCAAGAAAAACUGCCAGGACUAAGAAGGUAACCCAGAGGAAGCUAUCUUCAGGUCCUGUUUGCCUGCUGUGCCUUCAAGAACCUGGCGAUCCUGAAAAACUAGGAGACUUCCUUCAGAAAAACAGUCUUUAUGUGCACUAUUUCUGUCUUAUCCUAUCUAGCAAGUUGCCUCAGAAGGGCCAACCCAAGAAAGGUCUCCAUGGAUUUAUGCCUGAAGACAUCAAAAAGGAGGCAGCCCGGGCUUCUAAGAAGAUCUGCUUUGUGUGCAAGCAAAAGGGAGCUGCUAUCAAAUGCCAGAACGAGCAGUGUGUCAAAAACUUCCAUCUUCCCUGUGGCCAAGAAAGGGGUUGCCUUUCACAGUUUUUUGGAGAGUACAAGUCAGGCAGCUGGGAAUCUGCAUCAGUGACAAGCCAGAAACCCAGUCUGUUUACCCACCACAGAUCAUUUUGUGGGAAACAUCGCCCAACACAGGACAUCCAGCAGGAGGGUCUGGAGGAGGAAAGCUGCGUCUUGUGUUGCGAAGACUUAUCCCGAAUAAGUGUUGAGAAUAUCCGGGGCCCAUGUUGUAAUCAAGCUGUCUACCACCGCAGGUGUAUCCAGAAAUAUGCCCACACAUCAGCCAAGCACUUCUUCAAGUGCCCCCAGUGUAACAACCGAGAAGAGUUUCCCCAGGAGAUGCUGAGAAUGGGGAUUCACAUUCCAGACAGAGAUGCUGCCUGGGAACUGGAGCCAGGGGCUUUCUCAGAGCUGUAUCAGCGCUAUCAACAUUGUGAUGCCCCCAUCUGUCUGUACGAACAAGGCAGGGACAGCUUCGAGGAUGAAGGGCGGUGGCGCCUCAUUCUGUGUGCUACAUGUGGAUCCCAUGGAACCCACCGAGACUGCUCCUCUCUUAGACCUAACAGCAAGAAAUGGGAGUGUAAUGAGUGUUCACUUGCUUCAACCAUGGAUUACAUAUCUGAAGACUUGGGUGACAUCCCCUGAUGUAGCAAUACCUUCCAUUCCCAGGAGCAUCACUUCAGGGCCACCAACCUGGAAGAGAAUCCAGACUCUUCCUGGACUGCGUGGCUACGCCCUUCCCUACUAGAAAAGCCUGAGUCCUCUGGCGGCCGAAGAAGGCGCUCCUGGAGAUCCAAAGGAGACAGAAUCUCUAAGGGCUGCAAAAAACCCAAGUAACAGCUUCAGAGGAGCUGCUGCUGCCAGAGACAGUGGUUUGGAGAGGUAGCAUUUGAAAGCUUGAGACAAAAGGGGCCAGCAGUGAGGCUAGCAGCCAAGUGAGGUCUGGGGAGGCCGAGAGUAGAACUGAGUCUCCACGCCAACAGCUGAGUGUAAGGGCUCCUCUGCUCUUUCUCCUCACUCCUUUUCCUCUCUCACCAAGAUUCUUCCACUCCAGAUGGUUCUCAUGGGCCUCUUCCUGCUUCAGCCAUUUGUUAUCUACAAAUAAAGUUGUCUCUCCA